AUGCAUGUCUGGAAACCUCCGCCGCGCGAACCCCCUGACCGGAACCCCUUUGCCGCGCGGAAACCCCCCACCGAACCCCCCAGUUGCGUGCGUGCAACCCCUGACCGACCCCGUCAGCCGCGAGCAAAACCUCCGACUGGACCCCUUAGCCGCGCACGGAACCCCCUGACCGACCGGACCUCCCAACAGCGUGCGCGAAACCCCGACCAGACCCCUCAGCCGCGCGCAACCCCCGACCAGAAACCCCAGCAGCACGCGGAAACCCCCAACCGAACCCCCUCAGUCGCGCGCGCGCUCCCCUCGACUAGCCCCCAACCACCAGCCACCAGCCACCAGCCACCAACGACAAGAGAGAAUGAGAGACGAAAGAGAGAUUGA